CCUCAGUGUGCAACAUAAGCUAAUCAAGCAUUGUUUACACACUAGCUACCAACCCAUCACAUAUUACUCUCUCCCAUUCUCAAUAACUACCUGUAAAACCCUCUUUUCUUGUCUAUUCGAAUCCAUGGCAAUUCCGGUGAUUGAUUUCUCAAAACUCGAUGGUGAGGAAAGGGCCGCCACAUUGGCUCAGAUUGCUAAUGGAUGUGAGGAAUGGGGCUUCUUCCAGCUGGUGAACCAUGGAAUUUCAGAAGAGCUCCUGGAGAGGGUGAAGAAGGUGAGCGACGAGUUCUUUAAGAACGAAAGAGAAGAGAACUUCAAGAAGUCGACACUAGUGCAGUCGCUGAAUGCGGACCAAAAGCUGGAGAAUGUGGACUGGGAAGAUGUCAUUACCCUUCUUGAUGACAAUGAGUGGCCCUCGAAAACCCCUGGAUUCAAGGAAACCAUGGAAGAGUAUAGAGCAGAACUGAAGAAACUAGCUGAGAGGGUAAUGGAAGUGAUGGAUGAGAACUUGGGUUUACCAAAGGGACACAUGAAGAAAGCCUUCAAUGGUGGAGGAGUCGACGAUGCGUUUUUCGGUACCAAGGUGAGCCACUACCCACCGUGUCCUCAACCCGAGUUGGUGACAGGUCUCCGAGCUCACACAGAUGCUGGGGGUGUCAUCUUGCUCUUCCAAGAUGACCAGGUGGGAGGCCUCCAAAUCCUCAAAGAUGGGGAAUGGAUAGAUGUGCAGCCACUGCGCAAUUCGAUUGUCAUCAACACCGGAGACCAGAUUGAAGUCCUGAGCAAUGGCCUCUACAAGAGUGUUUGGCACCGGGUUUUGGCAACCCCGACCGGGAAUAGAAGAUCAAUUGCUUCAUUUUACAACCCAUCACUGAAGGCCACCAUUGCUCCUGCACCGGAAUUGGUGGAGAAGGCAAACCAAGAAGUGGAUCAGAGUACUUAUCCCAAGUUUGUGUUUGGUGACUACUUGUCUAUUUAUGCUGAGCAGAAGUUCCUCCCCAAAGAACCAAGGUUCCAAGCUGUGAGGGCCAUGUGAUCCAUCAUAUAUAAACUCUAAGGCUGUUGAUGAAAAUAUUAAGGAACAAAUACUAUCAGUCUUUUUUUUUUCUCUGUGUGCUAAUUACAAUUACCAAGUACUCGCUCGUCUCUCUCUCAGUUACUAUAAACUUGUGUGGGAGGAGAAAGCUGAAGUGGGUGUAAGUCCGUGUGCUUUGUGUUUUGCUUGCUCCUGCUUUGUUAUGUAAUGCUAAGGAU